CCCGACCCGGCUCACGUGCCUGGUGGUCUUGGACCUGGCAACAUGUUUCCAUGCUGUUGGCCCAGGUCCCCCCGCAGUGGCCAAAACAGGGGUCAGCGAAAUCCAGGUCGCACUCUACUGGAAAGCAUGAGGCGCCUGUGUCGCCGUCGCAGGUCCCCAGGCAGCACUGGCCCUGAGAAGGUGCUCUCUGUCCCGGAAACUGAGAAGGCCCAGGGAGUGCAAUUCAGCAACUGGCCUCCCACAGCCCAGUGUGACAGCCCACGCAGUGCAGAGCGCAGUAUGAAGAGAACCCACAACAUGGAGAUUGUCGUCGCACUUGUCCAUAGGAACUGGCAGGAGUACAUGGGGCCCAUGGAAGAGCUGCCCGAGGAGCCUUCUCCAAGAGUGCAGCGGGGCUCCUCUGUAGACCUGGGGACUGGCUGGGAGCCCGGCCAAGAUACUGAUUGGAGGACAGACACCAACAGGUGUCCCGAAGGGACAGGCAAAUCUCCUGCAAAUGCCCUGGUAGAGCAACAGGACAGCCCAGCAGGCCUGCUGGCUCAGGUGGAAACCGCCCACGAUGAUCCUGGGGGCUCUGGGGUCACGAAAUCCAUAAAGCCUGUGGACAACCUGCCCGAGGGAGUGCAGCGGGGCUCCUCUGCAGCCCAGGGGACAGGCCAGGAGCCCGGCAAACAUACGGAUUGGAUGCCAAGAGGCCAGGAUGCGUCAGAGGCUGCUCAGUGUGGGCAGUUCACACCCCCACUGCCGGGGCAGCCAAGACAGGAGGAGGAGCCCAAUGGCUUGAUUGUCUUGUUUCUGAUAUUCUUCUUUUUGUAUUUCUUACAUUAUAUCUCACUUGUAAACACUGUUUGCUUCCCCCCACAUCGUUCCGGAUAGUCCCCUAGCGUUUCCUUUCCUUCUGCAAGGCACCUGUGCACCAUCACCUCUGUUCCCCACUGUGCUCCUCCCCCCCUCCCUCUGGUCCUUCGUCUGCCUCCUCCCCUGCAGGAUGUCUCAGGAACCAGCCCCUGCAGGGAUCCUGCCGCAAAAUCCAGGGUGCUCACUGACACCACCCCUCCAAGGACACAGCCUAUGGCCCUGGACCUGCCUGUCCACAUCCGGUGCAAUGGGUGCCUCCACUCAGCACCGCUGACCCCAAACCUGUCCUCGCCCUCCUCCCCAGCCACAUCCACAUGCCUUCUUUAGCUUCUACCUUGUCUCCACCCAAGACCACUGGGUCUUGUCUUGCUGCUCAACGUCUUUGUGUUUCCAUUGUUUCACGUUGAAUUUUCAUUUUCUUUCCGUUCCGGUUUCUUGUUCAUUGUCCAUAUACUAAUAAAGUUUGUUUUC